AUGAUCACAGCUGCAAAGCUUCCCACAUUUCUAUAUGACGAGUCUAUGUUGGACCCCACAAGGAAAAGACAAGGUUGUCUUCAGGGAUACUACCUCAAACGUGUCUUUCGUCACAUAUUCACUGGGCCAUCAAGCGCCAUUUCGGCGAAUGCUCACAAAGGCAACAAAGCUCCAAAAGGCAACAAAGCUCCAAAAGGCCGAAUGCAUGGUAUGACAUCACCACUCCCAAGGGCAAUUGCAUAUGCCGCUGUACAGGCAUAUUUCCAGCUUAGUUCUGCAACACAAUGGCGCCAGCAAAUUGAAGAUUUUGACCUUGUUCUUUUCUAUGAUCGCGUGGUUGAUAUGUUCGAAGGCAAUCCCAACGGACAAUGGGUUGAAGAAACGCUUAUUCAUUGGAAGUCGUAA